CUGCAAAGCGCGCACACGCCCCACCCACCCCGGACUGCAGCUCGAUUCCGCCCAACCCUCUUACACUGCCGCCUACCCGGGGCAAUUACCUGUCGGCAAGCCCCGCCUCCGCGCUGAUUGACGGCCUGGAUCACGUGGGAGGGGGAAGAGGAGGACGGCCGGGCGGGCUCUCGCACCUGGAGCUGGAGGGAGGGAAAACCUGACGGGGAUGCGCUCGGCUGGGGCCGCCGCCGCCACCACCACCAGCAGCUUGUUCUCCGCAGCUGACGCCGAAGCAGGCCGAACCCAGUUCCCGAGCCCGGUGGUGGGGUCAUGGUGGCUGCUGCCCCCGCUGCAGCCGCGGCCAUGAGGAAAAGCUUCCUGGUGCCGGAGAUCAAGCCCUUGGAUCAGUAUGAUUUCCCUCGGGCGCGUAGCGCUGCCAGCUUGGCUUGGGUGCUCGCCAAGGGCUACGGGGGUGCAGAGCACAUCCCUGCUGAGCUACGGGAACCCUUCUACACAGACCAGUAUGAACAGGAGCAUAUGAAGCCUCCCCUCAUCCGCCUUUUGCUUUCAUCCGACAUCUACUGCCGUGCCUGGCACCAGGCCCUGCCCUCAGGCCCUGAUGGGGCCCCUUCCCCCAAGGACAUUGCUGCCUUGCUCCAGCUUCUGGCCCAUCGUGGCUUGGUGCCCACCUUCCAGGACAAGCCUGUCAAGGAGAGCGAUCUGCACCACAAACCAAUCAGACUGGGUGCACACCUGGCAUUGAUUGACUCCCUGAUGACAGCAUUUGCCUUGGAAGCCACCAGCUCAUUAAGUGUUGCACCAGGCACUGAUCCAGUGGCCAUAUCCUGGGACCAGAAACUUCUGCACUGGAUAGACAUGAUCAUCCACAAGAUACAGCAAAGCACCGAGCAGGAGUGUACUCAGCAGUCUGCUCCUGGUUCAGACGGCCAGACCCAGGCCUCCAACAGUGGCCCCAAGCAUGCCAUCGCUUUUUGUUUGAAGGAGUCGGGGAAUAAGCCUCCUGUGAUCCGCUAUCGAAAGGACAAGGCGCUGCCCAAGCAGACUCCCUGUUUCCCUACCAUCACUGGGAUGAAGGAUCUGGCCAGUGGGGGUGCCAUUGCUGCCACCAUCCACUACUACUGCCCCCAGCUUGUGCGCCUCGAGGAUGUGUGCCUGAAGGAGACCAUGUCGGUGGCAGACAGCUUGUAUAACCUGCAGAUGAUCCAGAGUUUCUCUUUGGACUAUUUGGGUGGCUCCUGUUUCCUCUCCUUGGAGGACUUGCUGUACAUGCCACCAGUGCUGAGGAUAAACGUUGGGGUGUUCCUGUCAGAGUUGUUCCUGUGCUUUGAGGUGCUUAAGCCUGACUUUGUGCGUCCGAAGGAGCUACCUGGACUUCAAGAUUCCCCUGGGGUGAAUGACUCUCUGACGCCCAACAGCGGGAACAACAAAAGCAGCUCCCCAGUAUUCAACUUCCGCCACCCACUGCUACCUGGAGGGCAGGCACACUCCCCACUUUGUGGUUCUUUAGGCUCCCUGCAUCACUCAACAUCCAUGUCCCACGUAGAGGGUUUUGGUAAAGCAUGGAGCAAGAAGCAGCUCAGCCACCCAUUGUCGCAGGCGGUCUCGUUCAGCAUCCCCUUUGGCUUGGAUAGCGAUGUGGAUAUCGUGAUGGGGAACCCAGUUGGCAUCCUCCGCUCUGUCAGUUCAGACAGCCUAGCGCCUGCCCUCUAUUCCUCCUUGCCCCGCUCCCCCCGCCCACGGCCUGCUGAUGUGGCUGAGGCCCCCAAUGGGUUAGUGGCACCGUCGCUUCAUGGGGCUGGGCAUAAGACUCAAGAGGGACUGGCCCUAGAGAAUGGACUAAGCAACGGGUACCCUGACCUGCCCACCAUUGAGGAGGCACUGCAGAUCAUUCACAGCAGUGAGCGCCUGCUCCCCGAGGGAGCCCCAGAUGGCUUUUACCUGCACUCGCCAGAGCCACCCAAAGCCUCUGUGCCAGAAAAGGUGCCCAUGGUUUACCGCUGUCACAACGGGCCGCCCAAUGGCACAGAGUCAGCCCAGGAUGGCAGCCUGGACUCUGAUGCUGAAGAGCCCUUGAGGCCUGCAGGCGAGCCCAAUGAUUCCACCUCAUGCGUGAGUUCACUGAGCUCACAGCCUGACAGCACUGCUUCGUCUGCCUCUGGUGUGCGUAUGACCAGUUUUGCAGAGCGCAAGAAGAAGUUGGCGGCAACUGACAGCAAGUCUAGCGGGAUCAGUUCUGAGGGCUCGGAGGUUGGGCCUGUUCCACCAGAUGAAAGCCCCGCCCAAAGCCCCGCCCUCAGCUCAGAGAUGAGUCAGUUGGGUGCGCGGCUGGAGGAGAAGCGCCGUGCCAUUGAGGCUCAGAAGAAGCGCAUAGAGGCCAUCUUCACCCGGCACCGCCAGCGCUUGGGCAAAAGUGCCUUCCUGCAGCUCCAGAAGACCCCUGAUCCCCAGGCCCAGUCUGAGGAUGGUCGGCUCACUCUGGAGGAGCGGCUUGCCCAACUGGAGGCUGAGGAAGAGGCUGGAAGCCCUCGAGCCCGCCUGGAUAAUAAGCAGGUGACCUUCUCCCCUGAGAUCACCAAGGGGGGAGCACUUGACGAGAACCUGGGUGACUACAACCGGGCGGUGGCCAAGCUAAACACUGCUCUGAGCUCACUGCAGUUGGACAUGCAGCGCCUGAGUGAACAGCAGCAACGCCUCAUGCAGGAGAAGAAGCCCAGCGCACAAGCCUGGGUGAUCCCAGCCCCAAGGACCGGCCGUGAGGGGGCUCCGACCCGCUCUUCCCUGGAGCUGUCCUCCCCUUCGCCUUCGCCGUCCCCUUCCCGCAAGUCUCGCUCCCCUCAACCCACCCCCAAGAAGUCUGCAGCCCCUGCUCCACCAAAGAGCCCCAGGCACACCCGGCCGGUUGAGCUGAAGCUGCCCCCCCUCACGCGAGUCUUAACUCCUCCCCACAAUGUGGACACCCUUCCGCACCUCCGCAAAUUCUCCCCGAGCCAGGUGCCUGUGCAGACACGGUCCUCCAUCCAUUUUGCGGACGUUGAGGAGCUGCCUGUGCCAGAGGUGGAGGCCCAGGGGAAUCUGCGGCCUGUGGCCUCAGUGCCUCCGCAAGGGGGCAAUGCCCGUGUCUCAGGUGAUGGCACCAGUGACGUCUCCUCGCCCAGUGACCGACGCAGUAGCUUGAUUGAAAUCCCUCUGUCCAGCCUGAAGGGAGAGGAGGAGGACGAUGCGGAUGGUGACGACUCGCUGGAGGAAUCCAUCACCGAGGCACUGGAGUCUGAGCCCCGUGCUGGUCUGGGCUUCUUUUUCAAGGAUGAGGAGAAGGCUGAGGAGGAAAUGGCGCAGAAGCGUGCCAGCCUCCUAGAGAGGCAGCAGCGCCGCACUGAGGAGGCACGUCGCAGGAAGCAAUGGCUGGAGGCAGAGAAGGAAAAGAAAGAGGAGGCCAGACUGCCAGCAGAUGAGCGGCCUCGACAGGAAGAGGAAGUGGUGGGGCCAAGGCGUGGCGACUUCACCCGCCAGGAGUACCAGCGGCGUCAUCAGCUCAAGAUAAUGGAGGACCUAGACAAGGUGCUGCGGCAGAAGCCCACCACAGUGCGUGCCCUGAAGAAGGGGCGACCCAAGACAGUCUUCUGCGAUGAUUCCGCCCUUGCCCGCAGCCCCGUAAAAGGGCUCCUUGGCUCCAAGCUCAGCAAGGUGUACUCCCAAUCGACUCUCUCACUUUCUACAGUAGCCAAUGAUCCUGGCAACUCACUCUCCAUCAAGAGAUCUUCCCGUGCUGCCUCUCCUUCUGGGCCAAUGUCCCCCAGCCGGUUGCUGUCAAACCAGAGCAGGGAGCGUGACUGGGAGAACGCGUCGACUGCCUCCUCGCCUGCCUCCAUUCCAGAGUACACUGGGCCCAAGCUGUACAAGGAGCCCAGUGCCAAGUCCAAUAAAUACAUUAUCCACAAUGCGCUAUCUCACUGCUGCCUUGCUGGCAAAGUCAAUGAGCCUCAGAAAAAUCGCAUCCUGGAGGAAGUUGAGAAGAGCAAAGCCAAUCACUUCCUCAUUUUGUUCCGUGACUCAAGUUGCCAGUUCCGGGCACUCUACACACUGUCAGCGGAGACAGAUGAACUCACACGUUUGGCGGGCUAUGGGCCCCGCACCAUCACCCUGGCCAUGAUUGAGGGCAUCUACAAGUACAGCUCUGAUCGCAAGCGCUUCACUCAGAUCCCCAGCAAGACCAUGUCCAUGAGCGUGGAUGCCUUCACCAUCCAAGGCCACCUCUGGCAGACUAAGAAGCCAGGCACCCCAAAGAAGCCAGGCACACCAAAAUAGCUGGGAUUUGCAGACCUCAAAUCCACUGUUUCCUUGGCCUGGACUCUCAAGCUGCGGUUACGUUGCCAGCCCAGCUUGGAUAUAUGGAACCCCAGAGAUGGCCUCCUGUGACGGGUAGCUUGAGUAGAUGGACCUGUUAAUCAUGGGUGUCCUGGACCAGCACUAUCCUUUGGCUGAGUCAGAGCCACGCAAGAAUCUUGGGCAUCGUUCUUAUGCCUGCUCUGAGGCGGAGACUGCUAUUGGCUUGUGUGGGGGGACAGAUGCUCUGGAAAUUACUCUAAAUCCUGUGAUAAGUGAGUGGCUCAGAGGUGCCAUAGUGACACUGCCCUAUAUUGGGCCUGUAGAUGCGUCUGGGCUCUGCAUGCUCUGUCUGCCUCCAGCCACCAUCUGAAUGUCGGUCCUCCACCACCACCACAGAAAUGAAGGGUUUCUCUUUCCGACUCCUGCUUGCUUGAGGCAUGAGGCCCAAGCCUUCCCCUGUUCUGUGCUGGGUUUCUCGUUGCCUAGGUAUCCCUGUUUAUAUUUAUACAUACUAUACAUAUAUAUAUAUCUUGGAGCUAUUUAAUGAUUUUUCAAUUAUUUGUAUAUAAAAAAGGAGCAAAUUGGAACAGUGGGGUAGGGUGAAUUUGUAAAUGGAGGUUGGCAUGGGGGGGUAGCACAGAACCGUGUGUGAGUGGAUGUAUGUAUGUUCCUUCCUUCUGUGUCUUGUCCUCCCUUGCAGUUUUUUUUGUCUGCUCCCUCGUUAACAAGGGCUAUUUGGUGUAGGGAUGGUCAGGGGUGUUUACGUGUAAUAACUUUUUAGCAGGCAUUUGGGGGGAUGGCAGGUUAUUAGCAAGGAGCCUGUCUCUUUGCUGAGACAAGAGCAAGCUUUCGCUGGCCAUUCUCAAUUAAAUUUGAGAAAGCUGGCAGUUGCUGUAGUCACAGAGCAGGCCUCUGUGCAUCCUGAACUGAGCUGCCAAAUGAAUGAAACAGUAAACUCCUACAACUUUGGGGAGAAGCAGGCUCGUUUCUUCUUCCUUCCCAACCCCUAUUCCUACCAGUGUAGAGCGGUAGCUCUGGGCUGUGGCAGGUGAUGAAUAUAGGCUGCUGUUCCACACCCUUCCAAGAACCAGAGGAGGCCUGUGCCCUGAAGGCUAUUAGUUCCCCCUCCCCACUGAUGCUUGGUCAUCAUCUUCCUCCUACUCUUCUGGGGCAGUAGUUGCUCUCAGGGCAGAGUGGGAGGAUGCUGGGAAAGGCCAGUGCUAUUCAACUUUUAGUCCAGGUUUCUCGUGGUUGCUUGUUGAUGACUGAAUGUUAUAUAGGUGUUGGGGGGGAGGUACAGUGUAGUGAAGGGUUGGGUUGGUGUUAAAAAAGAAAGAAAAGCAGAUAGGAACUUUUCCCCUGACUGCUUAAUAAAGUAACUUAAAUAAGCUCUUUGGUGAUAAUUACUUGGUGUGUUUUGGGGGGC